AUGGCCAUCACAAAAGUUGAGCGGCAAAAGCACCUGCGGCUUAUUACGCGCUGCGUAUAUAUGCAGAUACUAGAUCUGCAGACCGAGAACAUGCUCGAAGCGGUCGAAGCGAUGUCGCCCGACGUGUCGCGGCCGCAUUGCCGCGGCGGUGGUUAA